AUGCAUCACACAUCAGCAAGAAAUAUCUAUUUGAGGCAAUCAAUCCUUUUUCCUCUUUUUCGUCUUAGUAUCCUUUUUCGUCUUAGUUUCCAUUUUCUUCUUUUUCGUCUUAUUUUCCAUUUUCCUCUUUUUCGUCUUAGUUUCCGUUUUCCCCUUUUUCGUCUUAGUUUCCAUUUUCUUCUUUUUCGUCUUAGUUUCCGUUUUCCCCUUUUUCGUCUUAGUUUCCGUUUUCCCCUUUUUCGUCUUAGUUUCCGUUUUCCCCUUUUUCGUCUUAGUUUCCGUUUUCCCCUUUUUCGUCUUAGUUUCCGUUUUCCCCUUUUUCGUCUUAGUUUCCUUUCCGUUUCCCUUUUUCGUCUUAGUUUCCGUUUUCCCCUUUUUCGUCUUAGUUUCCGUUUUCCCUUUUUUCGCCUUUUCGUUUUCCGUUUUUUUUUUAGUUUCCGCUUUUUUUUUCUUAGUUUCCUUUUUUUUCUUUUUCGUCAAGGUUUCCGUUUCCUUUUUUUUCAUCGUCGUUUCCUUUUCUUUUUUUUUUUUUUUUUUUUUGUUGUAAUUUCCUUUUUCUUCUAUUUUGUCAUCAUCAGCUCCUACCUCUUGUUUUUUCACCAUCAGGCCCUAACUCUUGUUUCAUUGUUGCUUCCUAUCUAUUUUAUUUUGUAA